AUGGCAACGGUCAUCUGCACUCGUUUCACCGAAGAGUAUCAGCUGUAUGAGGAGCUGGGCAAGGGAGCGUUUUCAGUGGUGCGACGCUGCGUGAAGGUGCUGUCGGGCCAGGAGUACGCCGCCAAGAUCAUCAACACCAAGAAGCUGUCAGCCAGAGAUCAUCAGAAGUUGGACCGCGAAGCUCGAAUCUGUCGUUUACUGAAGCACCCCAACAUUGUUCGGCUACAUGACAGCAUUUCAGAGGAGGCGCACCAUUACCUCAUCUUUGACCUGGUAACAGGCGGAGAGUUAUUUGAAGAUAUUGUAGCCAGAGAAUAUUACAGUGAAGCUGAUGCCAGCCACUGUAUCCAGCAGAUUCUGGAGGCGGUGCUACACUGUCACCAGAUGGGCGUGGUCCAUCGAGACCUGAAGCCAGAGAAUCUGCUGCUGGCUUCUAAGUCUAAAGGAGCGGCGGUGAAACUUGCUGACUUCGGCCUCGCCAUCGAGGUGGAGGGAGACCAGCAGGCCUGGUUCGGCUUUGCGGGGACCCCUGGUUACCUCUCUCCAGAGGUUUUGAGGAAGGACCCGUACGGCAAAGCAGUCGACCUCUGGGCUUGUGGUGUGAUUCUCUACAUCUUAUUGGUCGGUUAUCCUCCAUUCUGGGAUGAAGAUCAACAUCGUCUCUACCAGCAGAUCAAAGCUGGAGCUUAUGAUUUUCCCUCUCCUGAAUGGGACACCGUGACUCCUGAAGCCAAAGAUCUCAUUAAUAAGAUGUUGACGAUCAAUCCGUCCAAACGGAUCACAGCGGCCGAGGCCCUCAAACACCCCUGGAUCUCUCAUCGCUCCACGGUGGCGUCCUGUAUGCACAGACAGGAGACGGUCGAGUGUCUGAAGAAGUUCAACGCCAGGAGGAAACUCAAGGGAGCCAUCCUGACCACCAUGUUGGCCACCAGAAAUUUCUCCGGAGGAAAGAGUGGAAGCAACAAGAAGGCCGACGGAGUCAAGGAAUCAUCUGAGAGCACAAACACCACCAUCGAGGAUGAAGAUACCAGAGUGAGGAAACAGGACAUCAUUAAAGUCACUGAGCAGCUCAUUGAGGCAAUCAGCAACGGAGACUUUGAGAGCUACACUAAAAUGUGUGAUCCGGCUGUGACGGCAUUUGAGCCCGAAGCUUUGGGGAAUCUGGUUGAAGGCCUCGACUUCCACCGCUUUUAUUUUGAAAACUUAUGGUCUAAGAACAGUAAACCAGUCCACACCACCAUCCUGAACCCUCACAUCCACCUGGUGGGGGACGAGGCCGCCUGCAUCGCUUACAUCAGAGUGACGCAGUACAUCGAUGCCAACGGGACGCCUCGCACCGCCCAAUCAGAGGAGACCAGGGUGUGGCACCGCCGUGACGGGAAGUGGCAGAUUGUCCAUUUCCAUCGAUCAGGCUCCCCCUCCACGCUCAACAAUUAACUUCCAGAGUGGGUGGGUCUUCAAUGGGGCCACCGUCACCGUGACAACUGAUUGAUUGACAGCAGGCCAGGUGUCUGACACCAAACCUUCAAGAUUUAGUUUGAGAAAAACGAGACGGAGGAGGAGGAGGAGGGCGGGGCCACACAGCAGCGAACCGCACAACCAAUCGAUCACUCGACCAAUCAGCUUCCUCUCGUCUGCUCGUCUGGACUUCGCUUCAGCCACGCCCCCUUCUGAUUAACCAAUCAGCUGCACAGCACAGAUUGUAAUAAUGUGUGAAAACCUCUUAUCUCCAGCUGUUUGUAACUCCCUCCUCCAGGAUGAUUGACAAGACUGACGCAUCCUUCACACCUGACUCAGGUGUGAAACAACCUUUAAACUACCUUUAAAUAGUUAAUUAGUUCUUUAUUUCCCCCUGAAAAAAAAACAAAGAUUUUAAAAGCUUUUAAUUAACAAACGAAGCAGAAUUGAGGAG